CCAAAAGCUCAGAGCUCCCAGGAUCCUGGCGUGUACGGAGUAGUGCAGUCUGGUGACCACAUUGGCCGCACGUGCAUGGUGAAGUGGUUCAAGCUGAAACCAACUGGAGAUGAUGUGGAGCUGAUCGGGGAGGAGGAGGACGUGAGCGUGUACGAUAUUGCCGAUCACCCCGACUUCCGCUUCCGCACCACGGACAUCGUCAUUCGCAUCGGCUCCGAGGGAGCCACGGCCAACGAGGACGAGCCUUCGGUUGGACAAGUGGCUCGUGUGGAUGUCAGCAGUAAAGUAGAAGUGGUGUGGGCUGAUAACUCCAAGACCAUCAUUCUGCCUCAGCACUUGUACAACAUCGAGUCGGAGAUCGAGGAGUCGGACUAUGAUUCUGUCGAUGGCAGCACCAGCGGGGCCUCCUCCGAGUGGGAGGAUGAAAGCGACAGCUGGGAGACAGACAACGGCCUCAUGGAAGAUGAGCACCCCAGAAUUGAGGACUUGGAGCCAGAGGAGCCAGCAGCAGAAGAGGUGAAAAAAGUAGAGGAACAAGUCCAGGGAGCUGUGGCUAUGGCAGUUGCAGACCUUGCUGCAGAUAAAGCUGGUAAGGAUGGGGCUCCAAAGAGCUUCCGGGAGCUAAAAGAGGCCAUUAAGAUCCUGGAAAGCCUGAAAAAUAUGACUGUGGAGCAGCUUCUGACUGGCUCUCCCACGUCCCCAACUGUGGAGCUGGAAAAACCCACUCGGGAGAAGAAGUUCUUGGAUGACAUUAAAAAGCUACAGGAAAACCUAAAGAAAACCUUGGAUAAUGUGGCUAUUGCAGAGGAGGAAAAGAUGGAAGCCAUGGUGGAGACGGAGAAGAAGGAAGAAAAAGCAGAGGCACAGACACCAGUGAGGUCAGAGUGGCCGAGUGAGACGCCAGUGCUCUGCCAGCAGAGUGGGGGCAAGCCCGGGGUCACCUUCACCAGCGCCAAGGGAGAGGUCUUCUCCGUGCUGGAAUACGCUCCAGAUACCCACGCCUUCAAGAAAAUGGAGUUCCAGCCCCCCGAAGCCAAGAAGUUCUUCAGCACCGUGCGGAAGGAGAUGGCUCUCUUGGCCACCUCCCUGCCUGAUGGCAUCAUGGUCAAAACCUUUGAGGACCGAAUGGAUCUCUUCUCAGCACUUAUAAAAGGGCCCACGCGCACACCCUAUGAAGACGGCCUCUUUCUCUUCGAUAUCCAGCUCCCCAACAUCUACCCUGCUGUCCCACCUCUCUUCCGCUACCUCUCCCAGUGCAGUGGGAGACUGAAUCCCAACCUGUACGACAACGGCAAAGUGUGUGUCAGCCUCCUGGGCACGUGGAUAGGCAAGGGGACGGAAAGGUGGACUAGUAAAUCCAGCCUCCUUCAAGUACUCAUCUCCAUCCAAGGUCUUAUCCUAGUGAACGAGCCCUAUUACAACGAGGCAGGGUUUGACAGCGACCGUGGCCUCCAGGAGGGCUACGAGAACAGCCGCUGCUACAACGAGAUGACCCUGAUCCGCGUGGUGCAGUCCAUGAUGCAGCUGCUGCGCAGGCCCGUGGAAGUCUUCGAGCACGAGAUCCGCGAGCACUUUCGCUGCAACGGUUGGCGCCUGGUGUCCCGCAUCGAGUCCUGGCUGGAGACGAACGAGCUGGUGGAGCGCAGCCACGAACAGGCCAACGGGGCGGAUUCCACCUCGCUGCUGGCGGCUUGCGGCGCCCUCGCCGACAGCCCGGGAGACAGUGCGGAGUUACUGGAGGACGGCAGCUCCGCGGAGCAGGGGGCGGCCGCCGAAUUUUCCGACUCGGCCCUCGAUGGGAAGGAGGAGCUGGAUGAGUCGGAGUUCACCACCUCGACGCCCAACGCCGGUGAUCUCCAGCAGUACUCGGACUCGGAGAGCACAGGCCAAGCCAGGGAGGCAGACCUGGCCAGAGACCGAACGGACGAGGGGAAGGCUGCCCAGGACUCUGCCUCGCAGCCUAGCGUGAAACCAAAGAAAAGGAGGAAGAGCUACAGGAGUUUCCUUCCGGAGGAGAGCGGUUAUCCUGAUAUCGGCUUCCCCCUAUUCCCUUUGUCCAAGGGGUUCAUUAAAAGCAUCCGUGGUGUCUUGCAGCAGUACCGGGCUGCCUUAGCAGGGGCCAAUAUCCCAGAGUGGACAGAGGACAAAUAAAUCAUCAGGUUAGGGACAGGCAAGUGCAGGGGAGAAGGGAAAGCAGCAGAAAGGAAUUUGGCAAACACUGUUACCAGUAAACUGGCUUGUCCUUCCAGCUUUUCUUCCUCAGCUUGGUUUGUUCCAAAGAAGUUGGUAGGCCUGAUUGCUCCUCCAAGGAAAGGUUGUCUAAGCAUGAAUAACUCUUUGCCCCUGGCCCUUCUUCCUUCCCCCCUGUCCUGUGUACACGCUCCUCUUGCGAGUUUGAUCCUGCAAUGGUAAGAUUUGAGACCUGCACAGACGCAGUCUUGCAGCCACAUUCCCUCUGCACUUUCAUCUUGGGGCACCUUUCCACACAAAGACUCUUCCCACCCAGCGCUACCCCAGCAGUUUAUUGGGGUUCCAGCCAGGAG